CUGGCUCAGUCAGCUGUGGGUCAUGUGACCAGCCUCCUCGGCUCUGACUGAGCAUGCCCGAGCUGCUCUGUGUUGUCAGGCAAAAAAAAAAAAAAAAAUGAGACAGCAGAGAGAAUAGUGAUCUGCGAUAGAUAAACACGGGGACGGAUAGGCGCUCGACCACGGAGCACCGCGACAGGAGCAGUGAGGCCCUGGGAACGAGGCACGGCUGUGCAGCCUGCAAUUAUUUCUGUUUGUGUGAGCGGAAGAAAGGAAAACAGCCAGGUGUGCCUUUAAACGGAGGGAAAGGGAAGGAACGAGGCGGUGGUGUUCGUCUCUCCAUCUACUGAGGAGAUUAGCAGGGAUCCGCAGAUACAGCCACAGAGAAAAGGUCCCACCACAUUGUUUGGUUCGUCCAAACCAUUCUGAGCCCCCAGCCCACCUCCACCUCAAACCCCGACCCCAGAAGAUCCAGUCCUGCUCACUCCACACCACAACUGGGAUGGAAGGGAGAUGCUGGACCCUGUAUAAGAAGCACACAUGAACCUCUGAUCCGAUGGAUAUCAAGAGCCAGUACUGGACUGAUGAGGAAUCGGAUGGGGACAAUGACUCUGAGGAGUUCCUGUAUGGGAUCCAGGGGAGCUGUGCUGCUGACCUGUAUCGCCACCCCCAACUGGACGCCGACAUCGAGGCAGUGAAGGACAUCUACACCGACGGCGCUGUCUCUGUCAGAGAGUAUGGGACGAUUGAUGAUGUGGACAUUGACCUGCAAAUUAACAUCAGUUUCUUGGAUGAGGAGGUGGCGACGGCCUGGAAGGUGAUUCGCACAGAGCCCAUCAUCCUGCGCCUGCGCUUCUCCCUCUCCCAGUACCUGGAUGGACCUGAGCCCUCAGUGGAUGUGUUCCAGCCGUCCAAUAAGGAUGGCUUUAGCCUGGGCCUGCAGCUGAAGAAAAUCCUCAGCAUGUUCACAUCGCAGCAGUGGAAGCACUUGAGCAAUGAGUUCCUGAAGGCCCAGCAGGAGAAGAGGCACAGCUGGUUUAAGGCCGGGGGCACCAUCAAGAAGUUCCGAGCCGGGUUGAGCAUCUUCUCCCCCAUACCCAAGUCUCCCAGUUUCCCCCUGAUCCAGGACUCGGUUCUGAAGGGGAAGCUGGCCAUGCCGGAGCUGCGAGUGACCCGGCUCAUGAACCGCUCCAUCUCCUGCACCAUAAAGAACCCCAAGGGGGAGCUCUUCAGCUACCCCCCAAACAGCCAGACCGUGGCUGUCCCGGCGGCCAGGCCCCCAGCGCAGAUUACCACCAAGCAGCUGAUUGAAUUGUUUUUCUCAUCCCAGGCGGGAGGCCACUGCAAGAACAUCCCUACCCUGGAGUACGGCUUCUUAGUGCAGAUAAUGAAAUACUCAGAGCAGAGAAUACCCACGCUGAAUGAGUACUGUGUGGUCUGUGAUGAGCAGCAUGUCUUUCAGAAUGGCUCCAUGCUCAAGCCGGCAGUGUGCACCAGGGAGCUGUGUGUGUUUUCCUUCUACACGCUGGGUGUGAUGUCAGGAGCUGCAGAGGAGGUGGCAACUGGAGCGGAGGUCGUGGACCUGCUGGUGGCCAUGUGCAGGGCAGCCCUGGAGUCUCCCAGAAAGAGCAUUAUCUUUGAGCCCUACCCCUCCGUGGUGGACCCCAAUGACCCCAAGACUCUGGCCUUCAACCCUAAGAAGAAGAACUAUGAGAGACUGCAGAAGGCUUUGGACAGUGUAAUGUCCAUCCGGGAGAUGACACAGGGAUCGUAUUUGGAGAUCAAGAAACAGAUGGAUAAGCUGGACCCUCUUGCCCAUCCUCUGCUGCAGUGGAUCAUAUCCAGUAACAGGUCCCACAUUGUCAAGCUUCCCCUGAGCCGACAACUCAAGUUCAUGCACACGUCGCACCAGUUCCUGCUGCUCAGUAGCCCCCCGGCCAAGGAGGCCCGCUUCCGCACUGCCAAGAAGCUCUACGGUAGCACCUUCGCCUUCCAUGGCUCCCAUAUAGAGAACUGGCACUCCAUUCUGAGAAAUGGACUAGUCAAUGCUUCUUAUACCAAACUGCAGCUGCAUGGGGCAGCGUAUGGGAAAGGCAUCUAUCUAAGCCCCAUCUCCAGCAUAUCUUUUGGAUACUCAGGGAUGGGGAAAGGACAGCAUCGCAUGCCCACCAAAGACGAGUUGGUCCAGCGCUACAACCGAAUGAACACCAUUCCUCAGAGCCGUCCAAUACAGUCCAGGUUUCUCCAGAGUCGUAAUUUAAACUGCAUUGCCCUCUGCGAAGUGAUAACAUCCAAGGACCUACAGAAGCAUGGGAAUAUUUGGGUUUGCCCUGUGUCUGACCACGUCUGCACCCGCUUCUUCUUUGUGUACGAAGACGGACAGGUGGGAGAUGCCAACAUCAACACCCAGGAGCCCAAGAUCCAGAAGGAGAUCAUGCGUGUGAUCGGGACUCAGAUCUACUCCAGCUGAGUGGCCGGCAGGGCCAGUGUGCAGCCAGCAGGGGGCAGCAGACAGCCCGGCGGGGCUGGAGGCCCCUGGAGUCACAAGGCUGUGCUUCAGAAACAUCCGGAUCUUUGAAUGUUUGUCAGAGAGCAGAGCCAGUGGAUCUUAUUUUUAUAUCCUUUCAAUCCUAUCCCCUUCUUAUCUGCUCACUCCGCCUAUUCCUCUGACAGUCGGUAGUAGAAAUUGUAUUAUUUUUCUCUUUUAGUCUGAAAAGUUGGAAGAAUAGUUCAGAGGAGCUCUCUCGCUGAAGAAAAGAAGAAGGGAAAGAAAGACAGAGGAGCUGUCCCCAUUCGGGCAGAAAACGUGACCGCGACGGGUGGGGUUUGAAAACCGUUCAAGACCUUCCCACAAUCCACCUGAGUGACAGCGAGGUGGGGAGAAGGCACGUGAGAUACUUUGCAACAAGCUGCAGCUCUUGUGUCCGGAACACACGGUACCCCUCUCACACAUAGUACUGGCCCCACACUGGUUCCUGCUUUCAGGGCCCAAUCUGGCCCAGUCAGUGUGCCGUCUUAUUGAGAGGAAAGGAGUUCUCUUUUAUAAUUAUUCCCCUGGCUGAUUUGGAAAAUGGAUGUCAUUCAACAUGCCUGCGCCAUUCACUCUUUAGCGGACUGUGAAUAAUCAACAAACACGCCUUCAGAAUUGCAUCUAUUAUGCCUGAGAAAAAAACAUUACUUCUUUCAAUUAUUAUUGUUUGUUUAAUAUUCUGUGAGUAAUUCAACAUAAAUUAAGGGCAGAGAUGCAAUCAGCUGUGCUGUAGCUCCAGUGCCACAACUCAUUCGAAUCGAAACUGAUUUUCGUUGUGCUUGAACAACCGGGGGUACUGCUCGAACUCAAAUCCAAUCUAAUCCAAUCAACUCAUCAGCUGCGCAUAACAACAGUCAUGCUUCACCGCAAGACACCCAUCAUGCCUUAGCUGGGCAUAAAGCUUAUUGUACAAAAAAAUAUCGAGGUUUGUCUGUAAGUGAAGGGGACUAGCUUAUAAUAUCUAGUUGUUAAUACCAUACAGAGAAACCCAAACAAGAAGUAGUUUUAAAUACAAAUACUUUUCCUUGACAUAUUUUCUUAGUCCUAGCCACUGUAUCCCCCUGUAUAUUUUUUGAACAAUUUAAAAAAGCAAAAAAAAUAAGACAGUUUUCCAUGGCAUAAUGAAACAACAGAUUAGGCCUGCAAUGCGUUUGUGACUGUAUUAGAUUCUUGGAUAACACUUUACAAUAAGAUUCCAUGAAUUGGCAUGAACUACUGUAGUUGUUAACUAACUACUACUGGGAAGUUAAUCUGUACAGCUCUGUUAAUGUAUUUGUACAUCAUGAAUUCAUGUUGACAACUACAUUGCCAAUUCCCAUUGGAAUGAAAAGGUCAAUUAAUGUAUUUGUUAAUGGUUAACUAAUUAAACUAACUAAGUUCAUCCUAUGGUUUGCUAAUGUAUACAUAUAAUGUAACAAAUAUGUUAGGUAGUUGUGAAAAGUUAAUUUAAUGCUUAAUUAAUGUAUUAUUAAUUAAUGUUAGCAACUAGUUAUGCCAAUUCAUGAACAUUAGUGUAAAAUGUGAUUGACCCCUGACUAAUCAGUAAAACCUGUCCAUUCCUCU